AUGAGCCAGUCGGUUGUCAUACCUCCUGUGCACGAUACAUCACCACCACCAUUCGACGAUGAUGUCGACGAAAAUGAUACAACUACUACAAUAAAAUCCAACGAAAUCAUAUCACCAAUUUUGCCGGAUGUAGUAGAAGAUAGUAACGAAGAAUGGAAAUCAGUUGAUGAUAAUAAUGAUACUGAUAUUGCUCAAAUUCAAGAUGAUGUGCCGUCGACUGAGAUAGAAAAGAACUCGAUGAAUGGUGAAAAUCCACAUGAAGAAAAUAAUACCGAUGAUAACUGGGCAAAUUUUGCUGCAUUUGAAACGAAAGCAGAAGAUACUGUGGAGGCCGCUCCAGCAACAACAUCCAAUGCAACUACAGAGAACGACGAGAAUGGUUGGGCUAGUUUUGAAUCAACUACGGUACCAUCUUCUGAACAAGUAGUGCAAUCAUCUAGUGAUGAACAAACUACUAAACCGAUCGAAGACGAAGAUGAUGAUGAUUUCGGUGAAUUUAGUGAAGUACAAGUGGCUCCCAAACCUCAGGCAUCUUCUCUUCCAACAAAUACAUUAAGUUCUGAACAAAUCGAUUCUUUAAUAUCAACAUGCUUUCCUUUGGAACCACCAUCGCCUUCGAUAGCGAAUGAAAAUUAUGCUGUUCCCUCUACUGAUUUACCGUCCUUUACAUCCUGUCGAAACCCAGCAAAACAAUUAGCAUAUCUUCAAUCUAGUCUAUCGCUGUGGAAUGUUUUAUCAAAUCUAUCCAAUGAUCCAGUUGGCAUUCAAUUUCAAUGGCGUAAAUCGAAUACAGAACGCUUGUUUCAUCAAGCAUUGGGUGUUAAUGAACGCUUUCGCGCGAAAAAUGUUCCAUUAACACCGGAAAUUUUACAGCCGGAAAAAGUCAAAUCUAUCGUAUCAGUGAGUAAUGAUUCUGAAGAUACUGAAAAUGGAAACAAACUGGCAACUGAAUCCAUUCGUCCGCAUUUUGAUUGGAAGCAAAGUGGACUACAAAAUCCUCUAACAGAUAAUGAUAGCUCAUCUCUUUCAUCCAACGUCAGUAAGAAUGAGGAGAAUGUUUUCGAUGCAAACAAAACACUCGAUCUGGAUUUUUACGUUCCUACGAUGAAAUCACCAACCGAAGAGGAACACAUCACAUCUCCAUCGUCCAGUCAAGCAACAGACAGUCCGAUUAUUCCACAAGCCAAAUCGGCGAUACCAAUCAAAACAGUUGAUCUCUUUCCCGGUUCAACUACAAUCAUAUCUGAUGAUGCCAAACGUAUUAUGGAUACUUUGCCUAACUUAAGUUUCAUGAGUGCCAAAGCAUUGAUGUUUCCUGUACGAUUUAAUGCAAAUAAUAAUGAUGAAUUAUACUGA